UGUUUAUAAUGAUUUAUAAUCCCACUCUCAUGUGUUUAUAAUGAUUUAUAAUCCCAAUCUCAGUGUUUAUAAUGAUUUAUAAUCCCACUCUUAGUGUUUAUAAUGAAUUAUAAUCCCACUCUCAGUGUUUAUAAUGAUUUAUAAUCCCACUCUCAGUGUUUAUAAUCAAGUCAAGUCAAGAAGCUUUUUAUUGUCAUUUCAACCAUAUAUAGCUGUUGCAGUACAUAGUGAAAUGAGACAACAUUUCGCCAGGAUUUUGGUGCUAUAUAAAACAAACACAGGGCUAAGGACUUGUAAGUAGUCCUAGCCACAUAAAGAGCAACUGUGCAACUUGGUGCAAACUGUGCAGGACAAGACAAACGAGACAGACAAGACAGUGCAGGACAAAGACAGUGCAGACAAAAGGUUACAAGACAAUACAAAAAGUACAAAAAAUACACAAGGGGCAAUAAACAGUAAACAGAAAUGAUUUAUAAUCACACUAUUAGUGUAUAUAAUGAUUUAUAAUCCCAAUCUCAGUGUUUAUAAUGAUUUAUAAUCACACUAUUCGUGUUUAUAAUGAUUUAUAAUCCCACUCUCUGUGUUCCACUCAAGGUUUCUUCCUCAUAUCAUCACAGGGAGUUUUUCUUGCCUCUGCUGACCUCUUGAAAUGUAUAUCUGGAUUUCUGUAAUGCUGCUUUGUUAUAACCUCCAUUGCUUAAAGUGAUUCAUAAAUAUGACUGAACUACUGAAUUGUAGAUAUAUAAGAUUAAAAUUAAUUAAUUCUGAAUUAAUGGAGAAAUCUGGCUUUAAAGCAACACAUUCAACAGAGACAGCCCUUUUACAUGUCUCUGCCAAGCUUCAUCUGUCCUCAUCCUCCUCGACCUUUCAGCAGUGUUUGAUACGGUCAACCACAAGAUUCUCUUGUCCACCAUCAGGAGUCUUGGAAUUUGCGGAUUAGCUUGGGAAUGGUUUGCUUCCUACCUCAAAGGAUGCUCAUAUCAGGUAACAUGGACCGGAGCGACAUCUGCUCCACGCAGACUCUCCACUGGUGUCCCACAGGGCUCAGUACUUGGUACCUACAGAAAGUACCUGUACUACAGAAAGUACCUGUACUUUCCUCUCACAGGUUCUCUUACCACUGCUAUGCCGAUGAUACACAACUUAUCUUCUAUUUCCCACCCUCAGAUACCACAGCUUAUGAUCGGAUCUCAGCAUGUCUGGCAGAAAUAUCAUCGUGGAUGAUGGCUCAUCAAUCCUAGCAGAACUGCUGAUCAUCCCAGGUGAUUCAUCCCCAGGUCAUGAUCUUGCAAUAUCCCUGCAUCGCGAUCUGAUCUCCCAUUCACUCACAGCUUGCAACCUUGGGGUAACAAUAGACUACAACAUUAGAAGGAUUCGGCCAUUUUUCUCCACACAGGCUGCUCAGGUACUUGUUCGGUCUCUUUUCAUCUCAAGACUGAACUAUUGCAAUGCACUGCUGGCAGGUCUACCUAUGAAUGCAAUUUCCUCUGCAAAUGAUCCAAAAUGCAGCUGCACGACUUGUCUUCAACCUGACCAAGUUCUCACACACCACCCUGCUGCUGCGAUCCCUCCACUGGGUUCCUGUAGCUGCACGCAUCAGAUUCAAAAUACAGAUGACUGUCGACAAAGCCAAAACUGGACCAGCUCCCUCUUACCUUAAAGCCCUCAUCACUCCUCACACUGCACCCCACACCCUCAGAUCUACAGCACUGCUCCACAGGUCCCACCACCUCUCAGGGUAAGAGGCAAGCUUACUACAACACUCUUUUCUGUUCUGGCACCAAGGUGGUGGAAUGAACUUCCCCUAGAGGUCCGGACAGCUGAGUCACUGGAUAUUUUCAAACGCCGAGUGAAGACCUUCGUAUUCAUGAAACACUUCAACAAGUACUUUCUUCCCUGUUUGUUGUAAGUGUGUAUUCAAAAACAAAUUAUAAAAAAAUAACAAAAACGCAUGGUAUCUUAAGUCUGUAACCUAAUGAACUCUGGAUAAGGGCGUUUGCCAAAUGCUGUAAAUGUAAAUGUAAAUGACCCCGAGUAACUCUCUUACAAAGUGAAAGUUUGUGCACCCUGACCAUUACACCCAUAUGUUCAUGAUCGUUUUAUUCCAGAUUUAUUCUCCUUUCUUUACUGUUUAACCUCUCUGUAAGGUUUUCCACAGAUGUUGGAUUGUGACUGUGGGGAUCAGUGUUCAUUCAGCUACAAGAACGUUAGUGAGAUCAUACUCUGAUGUCGGGAUGUUGAGGAGACUCCAGUUCCAGUACAAUGGUGUUCAGUCAGGGCUCAGUGCAGGACUCUCGAGUUCUUCAUUCCAACCUUCACCUCUACCAGUAUGGAGAAGUAGAUGUGAUGGUCAGAGGUGCACAUCCAGUCUGGUUUCAGUAGCCAUCAUAUAAUGGUGGAUGAAGCAUUGAUGACAGAAACCUGGCCAAUGUUAAGGAUUUUAUGAUCAUUUAUUUAGAACCCGUUUUCUGCCCAUAUUUCAGAGUGGAAUAAUUUUCACAUCUUUUUUCAAGUUCUACUAGUGAAGUACUAUAAAUCCCCUGAGUGAUAAAGAGCCUUUAGGAUCGCCAAUCAAGAAGAAGUGAACAGAAGUGCAUAAGAACGUGCUGGAACACAACCUGUCCUAGACUGUCACAUUCACAAGGACAGUCACAUGACAUAAUCCAAACCCUUCAAUAAUCCAGCCAUAGUUAAGAAGAGAUUAUCAUCUGUUUGAGGAAUUAGCAAGAAGCAACGAAGGGAAAACAAUAUUCAUCUGAGGGACAUCAGUUAUCUACACCUGAAGCAUGUCUCAGAGGAGUAAAUCAUCCACAAGUCAAAAUUCCUCCUCCAGUUCCUCUACCCCUUCAGAUCCUCUGUUACGCUCGGCUUUGAAAAGCAGCACUAAAGACCCGAAAGCUGGGAAUCAGAAAAGAAAAAUCAGCCAGAGCUCCGUCACGGCGUACACGUCCUUCCUGAACACGCUGUUCGGACAGGAUAGAAAGCUGAUGCCAGAGGAGCUGGAUGAGCUGCAGCUAGCCUUUAAGGAGUUCGAUUACGAUCAGGACGGAUAUCUGCACUAUAAAGAUGUAGCAGACUGUAUGAGGACGAUGGGGUACAUGCCCACAGAGAUGGAGCUGAUCGAGAUCAUCCAGCAGAUCAAGAUGAAAUGGGGCGGUCAUGUAGAUUUCGAUGAUUUCUGUGAGCUCAUGGGUCCGAGGAUGCUGAUGGAGACGGCUCACAUGGUGGGCAUGCGAGAGCUGCACUGUGCUUUCAAACAGUUUGACUGUAAUGGAGAUGGAAGGAUCAGCUAUGAGGAGCUGAAGGAGUCGAUGAAGACACUGCUGGGUGAGAAGCUGAAGAAAGGGGAGCUGGAGGAGAUUCUGUCUGAUAUCGACCUCAAUGGAGACGGAACUGUGGACUUUGAUGAGUUCGUGAUGAUGCUCUCAGCUCGGUGAGAUCCUUCGGCAGUUUCAAUGAAGUUUCAGCUUGAAAUUCACCUCAUUAUUAAAUAUUUUCUUUUUAAAACAUUUAACAUAUUCACGUUAUAUGUAAAAUGAUUAUAAAUCUAAUUUUUACAUAUAUAUUAAUAAAGGGCACAAUUUGUAUUCAUUUCAAAUCAGUGUACAGAAUUAUACAAAUGUGGCAUUUUAAAUAAAGUAAAAUUAAAUGUUUUUAAAAAUUGUU